GUGAACCACGAGGCCUUGUGCUCCUCCCCAGCUUCCCGUGGGUCCCCCCAGCCUCCCUCCCACUGCCUUCCUCUUCUUCACCCGCAGGAGGCCCACACACUCUCCAUCUCAAAGAUGUUCCCGCUGCCGCUGCUGCUGUGCCUGCUGUGGGCAGGUGAGUGGGCCGAGUGCCGGGGCCCGGCAGCUGCUGACCCUCGAUUCCCUGUAGGGUCCCUGGCUCAGGAUCAGAGAUACUGGCUGCAAGUGCAGGAGACUGUGACGGUGCAGGAGGGCCUGUGUGCGCGUGUGCCCUGAAGAUUCUACCACCCCAUGGACUACUGGACCCCGUCUUCCCCUGCUCUCGGCUACUGGUUCUGGGAAGGGGCCAAUGAAGUUGACGGUGCUCCCGUGGCCACAAACAACCCAGGUCGAAAAGUGCAGGAGGAGACCCAGGGCCGAUUCCGACUCCUCGGGGACCCCCGGGACUACAACUGCUCCCUGGAUAUUAGAGACGCACAGAGAAGGGACUCGGGGACAUACUUCUUUAGGGUGGAGAGAGGGUCUUAUGUGAGAUACACUUACCGACAGAAGCAGCUCUCCGUGCGUGUGACAGCCCUGACCCACACACCUGACAUCCUCAUCCCGGAGACUCUAGAGUGUGGCCGCCCUGGGAACCUGACCUGCUCUGUGCCCUGGGCCUGUGAGUGGGGCACGCCCCCCAUCUUCUCCUGGACGUCAGCUGCCCUCACCACCCUGGGCCCCAGAACCCACCUCUCGUCGGUGCUCACCCUCACCCCAGGGCCCCAGGACCAUGGCACCAACCUCACCUGUCAGGUGUACUUCCCUGGAGUUGGUGUGACAGUGGAGAGGACCAUCCAGCUCAAUGUCACCUGUGCCACACGGAACCCAACAACUGGUGUCUCUCCGGGACACACCACAGGGAAAAUGGGCACCCGGUCAGGACUGAUUCUAGGCGCCAUUGCGGGAGCUGGUAUCACCACGCUGCUCGCUCUCUGCCUCUGCCUUAUCUACUUUGGAGUGAAGACCUGCAGGAAGACAGCAUCCCGGAGAGCAGUGGGCGCGGACAGCAUCCCCCCGGGUGCAGAGCCAGAUCCCUUGGAUUACCAGCGGGAGUCCAAGUCAGCCCUCCCUGCUGAGCCCCCAAGCUCUGCAGCCAUGCCCCCCACCUCGCAGAUGGAGCGGGAGCCGUAUUAUGCUUCCAUCAGCUUUCAUAGGAUGAAGGAGGCCACCUGUGCCGAAUACUCAGAGAUCAGGACCCAGUGAGGAACCACCUAGAGCAUCAGUUUCAGAGGGAGCACCCAUACCCUCUAGGAAGGGAGACCCAAAGGCUGAUUCUUGGAGACUUAACAUCCCCAUAGGCAAUGGAUUUACAGACUCCUGAAUGUGAGUUUCCUGCUAUAUUGGAACUAAGACUUUGCAAUCAGAGAUGCCUGGAGUAGAAUCCACGCUCUUUCAUUCAUCAACAGUAGACAUCAGGCAAGCCAUCUUACCCCUCCAUGACUCGGUUUCCUGCUUUGCCAAACAGAUGUGAGAAGUCCCACCUCACAGGGUUGCCAUGAGGAGUAAAUAAAAAUGCACAUAGAAAACACCCAGUGGAAGUCCUGCGGCACUGUGAGAGUACGGUGCACCCUAGUUCCUUCCCGCUUGAACAGAAAGGUGUUGGUGACAUUUCACCUAGAGGCUGGGUAUGCUCUGUCUGGGACACCACAUCAGCAAUGUGUCAGUCUCACUUUCAAAACCCUCCCAUGUUGUAAUCAUUUUGCAACGUAUACAUAUAUCAAAUCGUUACAUUGUAUAACUUAAACUUACGCAAUGUUAUGUGUCAAUUAUAUCUCAAUAAGGCUGGAAGAAAUAAACUGUAGAUAGAGAUGUAUUCCUUAAUGAUAAA